UUAGAGGGGGGGGGGUGAGAGAGGGAGACAGAGACAGAGAGACAGAGACAGAGGGAGAGAGAGGACGUCUAGGAGGAUUUCUCGGCGGUGUCGUCUUGUCUUUUGCAGCUUAUUAUCUUUGUGCACACGGAUUUACACGCACGGAAGGAGGAGUCGGGAGGAUUAGUAGGAUGCUGAGUAGCUUCCUUCCACACCAGUCUUCUCCAUGCCACUUUCCAUGAGCUGAGAGCGCCACCUAGCGGGAGGAACCAAUCAGCUGAAAGAGAGGAACAGGAGUGUAGAAGGCCAGGGAAGGAAAGAACGAACAAACCUUUUGUUGCGGUUUCUUCCCUCUUUCGGAAAUGGCGGCGACCGAAGCCGAUGCGGCACCCGCGGUCCAGGAAGAUGGGAAAAGUGCAGAGAGCAAACAGCCGGAGGCAGAGCAAGCGACCAAUCAGGUGAACUCGGAGAGCACCAACAACGAGCUGCCAGACAAAGAUGGCGCAGCCGUCAACAGCGAGGUUGUCCCCAACAAAGACACUGUCAAUAAUGACACAGCGGCAGAGGAGGCGGCAGAGGCCGGUGGCGAGGAGGAGGCCGGAGCAUCGAGCGGUGAAACGGCAGCUCCUCAGAGCGCAGAGAGUGCGGAGCACAAGACUUCCUUCUUGGACUCCUUCCUGAACAAGAGUGGGCUGGGCAAGGUGAUGGCGUCCAGAAAAAAGAAGGAGCCUACUGUCCCAGCAGGAGGCGGGGAGGAGAGCACCGCCGAGGGGGCAGAGAAAGAGGGAGAGGAGGUAGCCGCGGCUGAGGGAGGAGCAGAAGGAGGUGCUGAGGGGGAGGCGGUGGCAAAUGGAGAGAAGGAGGAGGAGAAGAAGGAGGAAGAAAAGAAAGGCAAAGUGUCUUCAGUAGGAGAGCUGAUCAGGAGGCCUGUGGCAAAGAUCUUUUCCCAUCGCAGCUCCGCCACUCUUGAAGCUCCCAAACGGUCCAAGUCCCUAGACCGCCUGGAGGACCCACAGGCACUCAACGCCUCCACAGAGGAGGGAGCAGCUGCAGCUGGAGAAGGUGUGGAAGGAGCGGAAGGAGCAGAGGCUGAGCAGAAGGCUUCCUCCUCGGCCGCCUCCUCCAAGCAUAUGAAGCGCUGGCAUUCCUUCAAAAAGCUGAUGGCCCACAAAGCACACAAGAGGAGCAGUGGGGAGGAGAGCGGGGAAGGAGCAGAAGGAGGCGGCGACUCCUCCACGUUGGACUCCAAGGAGUCGGGCCAAAAGAGGUGGAAGCUCAAACGCUCCUGGACCUUCCAGGGCAUCAAGAGGGACACCUCCAUGGUCGGCAUCAGCUCCAAGACCAGGAGCUCGGAUAAGCCGGAGGAGGCUCUGGACACAGAGGAAGCCAAGGCUGACGAGGCUGAGGGCGAGGGAGGGGCCGAGGAGGCCAAGACUGACGGCGGCGAGGAGAAGACUGAGGGAAGCGAGGAGGAAAAAGUGGCAGGAGGAGCAACGGUGACGCAACACGCCAAUGAGAUCUGGACCUCCUUCAAGAAGCGCGUCAUCCCCAAGUCCAAGCGUGCCAACACAGAGUGUCCCCCAAGCGGGGAGGACGACGUCACUGCAGCCCCUGCCUCAGGCGAGGACGGCGCAACAGACGAGGGAAAAGAAGGAAAGUCAGCGAAGGCCAAACGGUCCCACUUCGGCCGGGCGGUGUCCCUCAAGAACUUCAUCUUGCGAAAAGGCAAGUCCACCAGUGUGGACCUGGGCGACGCCACCAAGGAGGAGGAAGAGGAAGCUGCAGAGGGCGCAGCUACCGCCACCACUGAAACCACUGAGGAGACCAACGACAAAGACGAGAAGAGUGGCGGUGAGAAGGAGGUGGAGAAGGAGGCGGAGAAGGAAGUGGAGCAGACGCCGAGUGAAGCUCCUGUGACCAACGGCGAGAAUGGCUGUUCCAACGGUUCGGCGGAGGAGAACGGCACGCAGCACGAGGAGGAGGAGGUGGAGGAGAAGAGCAGCCCCCUGAAGAAGAGCAAGGAGGUGGGAGGAGCCAAGGAGGAGGCCAACGCCAAGGUCAUCAAUGCCACGGCGCCCGUCAACAGCGACAAAAAGGCGGGAAACGUGUGAGGCCACAAAGAGGAUUAGAACUGCCCGGGAUUCGCUGAGCAAGGAGCUCUGAGCCCCGCCCCCUCCCCCCUCCUUCUCAAAUCCUCCUUCCUAACCACUCCCGACUCCCCCCACCCCCACACCACCAUCACCGCCACCACCACCUCCCCGAUUCCAUCCCUCCUCCCUCCCAAAUAAAGGAGUAAUCACGUGUUAACAGAUCGCCAUGGUGACGAGGAGCGGGCGGCAGCGAGAGUUCAUGUGAACAAAAAAUAAAUAAAAAUAAACACUCAGAAAGCAAUAAUUCACCCACCCUCCUCCAUCAUUGGCACACACACACACACACUGUUUCUCCUGUUUUCUCUGCUUGUUUGUGUGUGACAUUUUCUAUUGUCUACGAGAGAAGAAAACAAUGCGGAAAUGUAAAGUUGAAAAAAAAACAAACAAA